UACAUCUCAACUGAUAUGAAAGCUUUUAUAUGCUCCCUAGAUUACCACCAGUUGACGGGACCGCCUACAGGUCACGGUUUCACAAUAUCAAGUGCUUUGAACACAUUUGAGCUCAACUUUGAACUGCAAAAAGACCGUGCAAACUUUUCCUUCCAACAGAUUUCCUCUCCGAGACAAACCCUAACAGUGAAGAUGCGUUUCGUACUGAUCUUCGCCACUUGUAUUGCUGGUGCUCUUGCAGCGACCGUCGCUCCACUAGAGACGCCAUUCGCGAAAAACCUCCGACAGGAGGUGAAGGCUCUUAAUCUGGACCCUCUCUCUUUGCCCGAUGUCGAGUUCAAGGUAAAUGAGGCAAAAGGGACGAAGGUGAAGCUCACCCAGGGAAAGGUCGAUGGACUGAGCGAAUUCGUCACGCCCUAUGGUCUUUGUUUCCAACGCAACGAGGACCUGCUGUGUCACGUGUCGUUCAACGGUCUUCGCGUCACGUACAAGGCUGAAGCUACUCAGCCAGAGAAAACCUUUGACGUCCAAGUGGACACGGCACAUAGCUUGCUCCAAGUACUUCUCGGAAAAACCUCGGACGGAAAAACGGAACUGAAGAACGUCCGUGUUCAGGCUCUGCACCAGUACGUGAAGAAGCCAGUGGAGUUCGGCGACAGCAGGAAGGAGACCGUUCUCUUUGACGACGCACUCAAGGAGGCUCUGGUCGAGGUGCUCAAGAAGGUCACUGUCACAGGACCUUUCAAAGAAGCCCUGAAGAAGGCAUUCGCACAAGAACCAUUCCCAACGAAUGAAGAAAACGUUAGCUUCACCAUUGUUGCUCAGUGAAGUUAUACUAGACAUAUGAAAGGUUAAAAGGACACAGGAUGGCCUUCAAGCACUUGUAAUGUUGCAAAUAAAUAAAACGAGUCUGAUUUCACAUUUGA